GGGGACCCUAAAUGCCCCUCAAACCCCAUAUAUUCCUCUACUCAACAACAACAACAAUACCAACAAGUUAUGCCCCAAUAACAGAAAUCCCAAUGGCUGUUUUCACGAUAAAAGCAGCCAGUCGAGCCAUACUACGGCGAACACACUUCCCUUCCCGGCAACAACCAAACAUCACCAAACGGCACAACACCAGCGGUAAUCCUACCACGGGGCCAAAACCAGAAGAUGACUCCGCCAACGGUACCUCAAUCCCCAUACCAGCAACCGUUGCCAACGUCCCACUAUGGCAGCGCCUGGGUCCGCUGUCAAGAGGAUUUCAAGCAUACGGCAGAAGCCAGAGGAAGAGGCCAUACGCGACGCAGUUCUGCAGCUCGCUGGUGAUUUACUUCCUCGGUGAUCUGUCGGCACAGAAUAUCAAUGGGGAUGAAUAUGACCCUAAGAGGAUGCUGCGGGCGCUGGUAAUCAGUGCUGGGAGCUCGAUUCCAACUUAUAGGUGGUUCAUGGUCCUUGCAAACAACUUCAACUAUUCCUCGAAAGUCCUUUCGCUGGCCACGAAAGUCACGGUCAACCAGAUCUGCUUCACGCCGAUCUUCAACACGUAUUUCUUCGGCAUGCAGUCGCUGCUCUCCGGCGACUCGCUCCCUGAAGUGUGGGAUCGGAUAAAGAGAACGGUGCCGACCUCGAUGAUAAAUAGCUGCAAGUUAUGGCCGGCGGUUACGGCGUUCAGCUUUACGUUUAUCGAUCCGCAGUACAGGAGCAUAUUUGCUGGAUUCAUUGCAAUUGGGUGGCAGACGUAUCUUAGUUAUUUGAACAGGAAGGCUGAGGUUGAUGAGGCUGCAGAUAGAGCGAUUGCGAGCUCAUCUGAAAGUGGGGGGGAAAGAGAGGUUGUUAGACAAGAAGAGAACCAAAAGAUCGAGGCAUAAAAGGGAACAAAAGCAUGAGGCUGGGCAUACAUGGAAGGGCAUGGGAUUUGAUACCAUUUGCAUUGACGGCCGGCGUUUGGCAUACUUGAGAUACUGGGAAAUGCCGAAUACUGAGCAUACUGAGCAUACUGAGCAUACAGAGAUAUGCGAGGUAUACUGAGUAUGCUUGGUGCACUGGGGAUACUGCAAUUCAAGAUCGCCGCAAGGCUUAGAUGGUCGUUUUAGAUGAUACACAAGAAAUCGAUCAAAUUCACAAGUGGGGUGGGGUUCCAUCAGCUCGCUUCAGC